ACUAUCUUUAGAAUGUACGAUAAGAGAGGACACUCCUCAUCGGGCUCCUUGCAAUAAAGUGCCAAAGUACUCGUCUAGUAUUAUAAUAUAAUUUGAUUUGAUAUCAAAUAAGUGUCCUUGUGUUAUUGACUGCCGGUCCGUCAAUAGCAACAUUGUGAUAUUAAUUAAUUAAAUAACCCUCAAAAUGAAGUUCGACGAGAACGAUCGUAAAUCUCUCAUCGAGUCCUUGCCAAACUCACAGCCACAAAUCCAAUCAACACCCCAAAGGCAAUCCGACGACGAUCCACACUAUCAACAGACGGAAUCCUUCGUAGCCGCGGCCAAUAUAGAGAAUGGCUUAAGGCAAAAUCCAGCGCUGUCCUAUCGUCGCUAUACAAAGGAACUAGAAAAAUUUGCUAGGGCACAAGCAAAGCAGCUCCAAAUACUGGAGAAAAUACGCAAACAGGAAGAUAAGGAGCGGAAUAAGGAACUGCUGGGACAGCAACCUUCGCCCAAAUAUCGCUUUCAAACAUGGAUCAAGAUGUAUAUAUUGACACGUCUACGCGAUGAUUGGAUAUUUUUAGCCGUACUGGGCAUUACGAUGGCUCUCUUCUCAUUUAUCAUGGACGAAGGCAUCCAGAUGUGCUUGCAUGCACAACUCUGGCUCUACCGGGAUCUUACAUCACAUAUUGCUUUACAGUACUUAGCCUGGGUGUCGGUUCCAAUCUGCUUAAUACUAUUUGCCAUUGGGUUUGUGCAUUAUGUGGGACCGCAGAGUGCGGGAUCUGGCAUACCUGAGAUGAGAACCAUACUUCGCGGCGCUACACUCAAAGAUUAUCUCUCGCUUAAUACCUUGAUAGCCAAAAUGGUGGGCUUGACAGCAGUUUUGGGCAGUGGCAUGCCUUUGGGAAAGGAAGGGCCGUUUGUGCAUAUAGCAAGCAUUGUGGCAGAAUUGUUGAGUAAACUUGCCACUCCAUUCCAUGGAAUCUAUGAGAAUAAAUCUCGCAAUUCGGAAAUGUUAGCUGCGGCCUGUGCCGUGGGUCUAGGCGCUUGUUUUUCAGCCCCCAUUGGAGGUGUGCUUUUCAGCAUUGAAGUAACGACCACAUAUUUUGCGGUUCGCAAUUAUUGGCGCGGUUUCUUUGCCUGCGUAGUCGGGGCGACUGUGGUGCGACUUCAGGCCGUGUGGUUCCAAGACGCCGAUACUGUGCGUUCCCUUUAUCCGACAUAUAUCACCACCGAGUUCCCAUAUGAUCCACAAGAGCUGUUCAUCUUCGUCAUUGUUGGCGUUCUUUGUGGCUUAUUGGCCGCCUUCUUUGUUUGGGUUCAUCGGCAAUAUGUACUCUUUAUGCGAGCCAACAAGUUGAUGGGAAAAUUGCUGAGCAAGAACCGCUUUAUAUAUCCCGCAAUUAUAACUUUAAUCAUCUCCUCAAUAACCUUCCCACUGGGCGGCGGCCAAUUUAUGAGUGGCGAGAUCGACUCUCCGCAGCAAUUGACGCAACUCUUUAGCAACUUUACCUGGACCAGCAAGGAUUUGAAUAUGGCACAGAUGGAUAUAGUUUCUAACUGGUCGAGCGACUACAGCAGCAUUUUCAUCAAUCUCAUCUGCUUUACACUCUUCCAUUUCUUCUUCUCCAUUAUCGGUUCCACAAUGGCGUUACCUCAUGGCAUGUUUAUACCAGCGCUUAAGAUUGGUGGCGGCUUUGGUCGUUUGAUUGGCGAAAGCUUGGCAUUGUGGCUGCCCCAAGGCUUCAGUUUUCCCACUCUGGCGCCCAUCAUACCCGGGGGCUAUGCUAUAGUCGGUGCCGCCGCUUUUUCCGGCGCCGUCACCCGCUCCAUUUGUGUGGCGGUCGUCGUAUUCGAGAUAACGGGCCAGAUCGCAUAUCUCGUGCCGGUCAUGAUUGCCGUACUUGUGUCGAAUGCCGUCGCCUCUCUGCUGCAGCCCUCCAUGUAUGAUAGUGUGACGAAACUGAAGAAUCUGCCGUACCUGCCGGAUCUGCUGCCGUCUAACUCCUGCAUAUAUAACAUAUUUGUGGAGGACUUUAUGGUUCGAGAUGUUAAGUACAUUUGGCAGGGCAUUACGUACCAGAAGCUCAAGGAGGUGCUGAAAGCGAAUAAGACUCUGCGCUGCUUGCCGUUGGUCGACAAUCCACACGAUAUGAUCCUGUUGGGUUCCGUGCACCGUCACGAUCUCAUCAACCUAAUUCAGGAGCACAUCGGACGCGACAGACGUCUUCAGGUGGCCCAGCAGUGGCAACAGGAGGUCGACGAGCAACGUGCUCGCGAGCAGGCCAAGGACUAUCAAGGCUCAGCCAACAACGAACGUCGUCCUUCACGCUUUGAGGUUGUGGCAGCCACCGAUCUCCUGCAUCUGCGUCAGAUCGCUAAUGACGAGAUGUUGCCCCCGAAUAGGCGUGCGGAGGCGCUAAUCAAUACACUAAGCCCAAGAAAAUCUAUUUUGCUGAAUAGGAAUUCAACGGAUGAACAAACCGAUCCUGAAGGAGGUGAUAAUGAAGCAGCGAACAUUUCCAAGAGGGUACAGCUGCCAGGCGAUCGUGUCGUUGAUAUGUCCGCUGAAAUGCAAGAGAAAUGGGAACGCGAUGAAAUGCUGAAAACCGUAAAUUUAGACAAGUCACAGAUAAAUAUAGAUCCAGCGCCCUUCCAACUGGUUGAACGCACAUCCAUGCUGAAGGCCCACUCACUCUUCUUCAUGAUGGGCAUUAAUCAUGCGUAUGUAACCAAUAUCGGACGACUUGUGGGUGUUGUGAGCCUCAAGGAGCUCCGCAAUGUUAUUGAGAAGGCAAAUGUUAAUAAUGUAGCGGUACAAAACCCGCGGGAGGAGUUACCCGAGGAAAAAGCUUUAUUGUCUCCUAGUCAUACAGCAGUUGAUCUGACGAUUACGACAAUAGACUCAAGCAUCACCCAGAUCGAUCUAGGUAGUAGCUACGAGUCGGCGAAUGUAGGAGCUGGGCUCAACAUAGCGUCUCAGAGUUCAUAUUCUCAAACGAAUGCGAAUGAAAAUAAGAAGAGCUCUGAUGUUUAGACUAAGAAUCUUGUGUAAUUUUUAGUGUGGGGAGUAUUCUUAAGGAGACAUAUUGAUAUCAAUUCAAAGAGAUGCAUAAAUAUGUAAAAUGGGUAUUGCCGAUCUUGAUUUUUUUUUUAUUUUGAUCACUAAAAAUCCUAAAAUAACCAAAAACUUACACUUUAUUCCUCUCAAAUCUAAUCUAAUAAUAUUCGAAUCAGAUGUAUUCAGCUGUUGUCGCCUAACUGCUAACUUUUUAUUUCGUAUGGAAUGAUACGAUAUUUCACUUGAGAUGAUAUACCAAGACGUAGUUGAUCAAUUAAAUUAUUUUCAUAUAUCAUAGGAAAUCAGCUGACUAGCAGCUGAUGCUUGAUUUUUGUCUAUUUAGACAUAUUAGGAAUACCCAAAACAGCUGACGAGCAGCACAUACUUAAAACAAAAAAUCAGAAUAAACUUAACUUAAAUCGGAAAUACCCGCAAUGGAUCUAUAGAUUAGAUCAAUCCCAUCAAUCAGUGGUUGUAAGGGUUUAACUUUGAAAUAAAAUACAACUGGUUAACAUUUUUUA